UUCGUUAUUCGUAGAUCCAACGUGUGACAUUUACUGCUCUGAUGUUGUAAAUUCAUUUCCAGAAGUACAAUUAUAUUAUAAACUAUGAAUUAUCGCGAUGGUAAUGUACGCGGUUUAGGGAAUAUUCUUGUCAAAUUCUUAUCGCUUACGUAGAGAUAUGUUUCUAAAUUUGAAAUGUUUUUACAAUAUUUCUGACAUUCUGAGAUGCAAUCUACGAGCAUCAUGUAAACGGAAACAUUUAAAGCGAUCGUUAAAUUUGAAACAUCUGACAAAAUCUAGGUUAGAAAACGUGCAUUAUUUGCACUGCGAAGAGUUGCCCAGCCUGAUUCUUGACACUUGAUAACGUUUAUCGUUGUAUAGUCAGAAGGAACAGUCUGCUGGUAUCUGCUAUUUCUAUCAUUAAUUGAACUGUGAUGAAGAAAGAAAACUCUUUUUUUUGUGUUGCAAGAACAAUCUCUUAGAUGACAUUAAGUUACUUUUUAACGACCAAGUGCCAUUAAAUGAAACGACCAAGUGCCAUUAACCGUUUUUAUACGAGUACCGAUAUUCGGUGAAAAAGAGCAAUUUUAUCGUGUUACAAAUAAUAAGAGCUUUAAUUAAAUAAAAGUAAUAUCAAAGUGAUUCGAGCUUGAUGUUCUGCUGUACUGACAGUCAUGACACGUCUAAGAGGCCGAGCCUCUUUAAUGGCCAUCAUAAUGAUCAGUUUCACUUUGUUGAUUGUUAGUUAUUUUAUUCUGAGUAAAGAGGUCGAGGACAUCUCAGCUAAUAAGCUCAAUCCAAGAUUGAAAAUCGAAGAAGUAUAUUCACUGAACGAUCUUACGCAGAAUCCUCGUAGUUUUGCCAGAAAACAGGAGAUAGAGGCUCGCAUGAUGGGAAAGUUAAAAAGUAACGGAGGAAAAUUAUUUCCUGAUUUCAAUUACGAUAAAUCAUAUGCAGAAACUGUCCCCUUAUUCAAAGGUCAUAAAAUCGUGCACCUAGAUUUAAAGGGUGCUCCCUUCAAAGCAAGUUAUUAUAAGUACCUGUUACAUUUGCUCAAGAAAUUAGGUGCAACCGGUAUACUCAUUGAAUACGAAGAUAUGUUUCCCUUCGAAGGGAAGAUUCAAAAUAUCAGUGCUCAUAAUUGUUAUACUAAGAGGGAUAUCGUAAAUAUUCAAGAGAUAGCUAACGAAAACAAGCUCAUUGUCAUACCAUUGGUGCAAACUUUUGGUCACAUGGAAUUUGUACUUAAGCUGGACGAAUAUAAAGAUUAUCGAGAAGUACUUCGUUACCCUCAAGCUUUGUGCCCUACCUAUAACAAAACUCUUCUGUUAAUUUACGAAAUGGUAGAUCAAGUUGUGGCUGCGCAUCCUAACGCAAAACAUUUACACAUAGGAGCAGACGAAGUAUAUCAAAUAGGAGAAUGUUCUAGGUGUUUAGAUGCAAUGAUUAAAGGACAAUUAGGUAAAAAGCAAUUAUUCUUGGAUCAUGUUUCAAAAGUAGCGAGAUACAUCAAAGAUAGAUAUCCAGAGCUCACGAUUCUCAUGUGGGACGACGAAUUUAGAGAAAUUUCUCCAGAGGAAAUAAUAGACAGAGAACUACAUUUAAUGGUAGAACCGGUCGUUUGGAAAUACACCACCGAUCCCGGAGUGUCGUUAACGGAUCAAUUGUGGGACAGUUAUGCAGCUGUUUGGAAAGAUAUCUGGGUAGCUACGGCUUUCAAGGGUGCCACAGCACCGGAUAGGUAUUACACGGAUAUCGCUUAUCAUAUGGAAAAUCAUCAACGUUGGUUAGAAAUUAUCAAUAGGUACUCUUCCCAAAUUACAUUCAAGGGUGCCAUCUUAACAGGAUGGCAGAGAUAUGAUCAUUUUAGCGUACUUUGCGAACUUUUACCCUCUGCUAUACCAUCGCUCGCUGUGAAUUUAGCCAUUCUACAAGCUCCAGAUUUAAACGGAUUUCCAGGAGAUGCGUCUCCUUCUGUAUUGCAAGCGUUACAAUGCGAGGGAAAAAUUGCAUUAAGUAUUCCAGAACCACAGUAUGGUUGGACCAAAUGUAAUUACCAUGGCGUAGCGAUCUAUGCUGCUCUUUUGCGACUCGUUUCUUUGACUCAAGAGGUUACCAAAAUGGAACAGGACAAUACGUUCAAGGGAUGGUUGAAACCGUAUAACUUAAAGUAUUCAUUUUCGAGUCCUAGUCAUGUAGAGCGCGCGGUAGUGGAACUGGACAGAUAUAAAAUGGAAUUAAUGUAUAUCGAGAAAGAUAUGCGAUCAGCUAUGGAAGAAAUAUACGACAACUAUACGAUCCAAGAAUGGCUGGAAACUUAUAUUGCUCCUUUGAACGAGAAAUUCACUCAAUUGUGGGAAGCUAAAGAAAAAAUUUUAGAAAAAAUGGUAUGGCCAAGGAGACCGUUAAAAAAGCUUGAAUUAUAGUGAGAUCAAUUCUGACAUUGAAAAACGAAUAGAUACCGCAAUACAUAAUAAGAGACUGAAGACCAUAUUAGGAUUAAAAGCAAAAGAUGAUGUGCCGAGGUAUUCGGUAUUCUUUUUUUCUAAAAGGACGAGUAAUAAUCGAAGGUUUAUAAUAACUUAUCAGAACUAUAAUUUUGCACCUUGCAUACCACCUACCAUAGAAUUGUAUAUUUCUAUACCUCGAUUCAAACGUGUGCUCUAAAUCGAUCGAUUCCACCGUCCGUAAAUUAGUUUCGUUCAUUCUUCUACAAACAAUGAAAUUCGAGCUUUUGUAAACCGAACAACAAAUUUUACAAUCAGCACUUCCGGAAUGCGAAUAUGAAUUCGAAGGUUGUAUAUAUCGAUACAAAAUCUCUUCAUUCUACGAAGUGUUGAUCGUGAUACUGAUUUUAUAGUUGAUUACCUGUAGUGUUGAUAGUGCCGUUUAAAAAAUUACUUGCAUAUUAUUUUACGGAUGUCUAAUUCCUCAAUUCCCAGAAAAAAAGAUGCCAACUAAUUUAAUCGUUAUUUAUUAACACUUUUACCUUUUGAUGCUUCCAAGUUGCAUUUUACAUAUACAUUAUGCAGUUGAUUGUUUGGAAUAUACGCACACGCUACAGUCUUACUUAUUUUUUUCUUAUUAAUUGACAUGUUUUUUUAUUUAACGUGUUUUAAUUUGACGUGUUUCAUUUCUCGUAUACGUAACGUUUGCAUGAAUAGUGCCAUUAAUAAAUAUAACGUAUCAGGGAGAAAGUUCUCGAAUAGUUUUUAAUAAUAUAAAUUUCAAUAGAUCUUUUGAAUGAUUUUCGUUCGAUAUUAUCGUGAUUCUAUCACAAACUGACACAAUAUUCUGUUAAUUGAAAUUGAAAAACUUUUCCAUGAUCGUUUGUAAAAUUACCGAAGUCUGAUAUAUCGAGAUCGCAGAUGUAGGUCAAUCUACGAUGUGUAUGUACAUUACUCAUGUAUACUAUUAUUAUUGUAAAAGUAUUUUUAAUAUUGUUAUGUCAAACUAUAUUAACAUUAAUUACCAUAAGUAGUAAGAUUUUAUCGAUAAAUAAAUCUGUUUUUAAAUCUAUUGAGAAGA